GAAGGUGGCUCAGAACGAAAACGCUCUUGGUCUUGCCUCAUCCGGAAGAAGUGGAUCUUCACCGAAGCUCAAAAAGAGCAUUAGUUCAUCUCUCGGCUCAUCUAGUGCGGAAGGCAUCAUCAACGAGUCUCCGAUCCAGGGAGAUGUCAGCCAUAUGCCAGAGGCAGAUAACUCCUUACUAAACGCUAUGGACGCGCUCGAUCUCGGAGUAGAUCAAUCUCGGAGCAGGCGAGGACCUCCGUUCGGCAGCGACAGCACUCCCGAAGUUACGGCUUUUGUUCCUAUAAUUAAUCUAUCUCCAGAAGCUAGCAUCCGAAAAGAAGCUGCCCCAUAGGGUGAAAUAUGCAGCAGAAUACUUCUACUGAAGAUGGGCAAGAGUAGGCCUAGUUAGCUCUAACGAAGACCGCGGUCGCAGCGGCAGCAAAGACAGUCUGCCCUUUGGCAGCAGCAGCUCUGAGAACCGUGAGCAGCCGCAACAACUGGCAGAGCAGAGGGACCAGGUGAAUUCAGCGUCCGCUUCUAGUUCUGCCGGGAACAACACCUCUACCAGUAGCUCCAGUACGAACAAUACUUCUCACAACAGCUCUCAUACCUCUAGUUUUUCAGGAGCU